GCCCCGAUUGCACCAAUCGCAUCUGUCAAUUUUCUGUUCCAGAUGCAGCUUGUGAUGUUCACGUCAGCAGUGACGAUAGCUUCGAUAAUUAUAACAAUUAACUGAACAUUUUCGUGUAUGUAUAUAAUCCCCCACUCCGCUAAGAGCAGAACAGAGUAGAUCACAUCACCAGCCAUGGGAUCUGAACCCUCCCAUCUCCACAUGCUUUUCUUCCCCUACAUGGCUCAGGGCCACAUGCUCCCCAUGGUCGACAUCGUCAAGCUCUUCGCCGCCCGCGGCGCACGCAUCACCAUCCUCACCACCCCCGUUAACGCCGCCAUCAUCCGCCCCACCAUCGACGACUCCUCCAUCCAUCUCCACAUCAUCCCGUUCCCCUCCGCUGAAUUCGGCCUUCCCGACGGAUGCGAGAAUCGCUCCUUCGUCCUCCCCGAAGACAAACGCAUCGAUUUCAUCAGAGCCAUCGCCGCCCUCCGCAACCCUUUUGACUCCGUGCUCGAACAUCUGCGCCCCGAUUGCGUUGUUUCCGACUAUUUUCUGCCGUGGACUUAUCAUGUCGCCGCCGCCAGAGGAAUUCCUCGGCUCGUUUUUCACGGCACCAACAACUUCUCGCUAUGCGCGUCUAAUGCUUUCGAGCGAUGCCGGGAGAUAGUGGAUAAACUCGACUCCUUUGUCCUCCCCGGCCUCCCUCACCGCAUAGAGAUGCUGAAGACUCAAGUCUUGGACUUCAAAAAACUCGCAGGAACGCCAUUGGGUAUUUUUACGGAAAUAUUUGAUGAGGCAGAGGAGGUGGAGGGAAAGCACUAUGGUGCGGUGAUGAACAGUUUUUAUGAAUUGGAGCCUGAGUAUGCCGACCAAAAUCGUAAGGUAAAGGGGAAAACUUGGAAUGUCGGCCCUGUUUCUCUCUGCAACAAGGAGGCGGCCGGGAUGUCGUUAAGAGGAGGGAAGCACUCUGCGUCCGUUAACGAAUGCUUGGACUGGCUUGAAAGUAAAGCGGCGGGCUCGGUCGUGUACAUGUGCUUUGGAAGCGGGAGUCUUUUCUCAGGGGAGCAGCUGAGAGAAAUGGCGCUGGGGUUGGAAGAAGCAGGGCAUCCGUUUGUCUGGGUGGUGCGAAAUGAGGGAGAUGAUUGGGUUCCGGAAGGGUAUGAGGAGAGGAUUGCAGGGAAGGGGAUGGUGGUUAGAGGAUGGGCGCCGCAGCUGUUGAUAUUGAAUCAUGGCGCGGUUGGGGGAUUUGUGAGUCAUUGCGGGUGGAAUUCGAGUUUGGAGGGGAUUUGCGCGGGGUUGCCGAUGGUGACAUGGCCGUUGUAUGCGGAGCAGUUCUUCAAUGAGAAGCUUUUGGUGGAGGUGUUGGGGGUUGGGGUUGCGGUGGGGUCGAAGGUGUAUGAGUUUAGGGUGGAGAUGAGGCCGGUUUUGGAGGCUUCUGCGGUGGCGGCGGCGGUGAGGAGGGUGAUGGGGGGAGGGGAGGAGGCGGAGGAGAGGAGGAGAAGAGCGAAGGAGCUUGGGGAGAUGGCGAGGAGAGCUGUGGAGAAGGGCGGGUCAUCUUUUGAGGAGAUUGGGAUAUUGAUGGAGGAGUUGAUGGAUCUAAAGAAGCACUAGGAUAAGCAGCUUUAUGAUUAUGAUGAAAUUAUGAUAAAAAAAAAAAUCAUUUUAGCUAUUUCAAACUACUCAUGUGUUAUUAUAAUGAUAUUCAUGUAUUAUUGUGUUCUAAGAAUAUUCUCGCUAUUAUAAUAACAUAAUAACACAUCAAUAUCACUAUAAUAACACCUGAAUAACGCGAAAUAAUACGAGAAGAGUAUUCCCGUGUUACUGGGCUGGAUCACAAGAAACGAAUUAUUUUUUCUAUCAGCUUCACGUGUAGAUGAUUCAUUGGACUCCCAACGCAUCUCUACUUUUAGAGUCUCAA